GAGAAUAUUAGAUGUUAUAUUCUUAAAUCGUUCAUAACCUUUAUUGAAGUUGUUCGUGCAAGAUCUGUGGCAGUUAUGCUAACCAGUGAAGGAAAAAAGAAUCCUCUACGGAAAAUAAAAUCGUAUUUGAAUCCCAGAUAUAUUGGUAUUAAAAGCGCUCAUAAGUUUGAUCACAAUGUUGGUGCCCCAAAACGUGGCCGGGAAAGACGAUCUAUGAAUACUUUCACCACCAGUCCUAGUAAUAUUUCAAAAUUAAACAGAUCCGACGAUAUGUCCGCUAAAUUUAUUGCAUCCAAUUCGAUGUUUGGAUUUGUACGUCGAACGCCCAGAAAAGAGCAAGAGAAUGAAAGCAGUCCAAAGAUUGCAAAGCAGAGAAAAAAAUUUAUAAGCCCAAUUGACAAACUACUGAAAAAGAAUGGUUCAUUAGUUGAGGCUUUAACUACACCAAACGAUAUGAAAGAAAAGGACAAUUGGACUGAAGAACACCAAUCAGAAAGUAACCAAACGGAAAAAAAUAAUCAUAUUGUAAUGAGGGGGAGCAGUCCACAAGGCCUUGAAGGAGAAGAAGAAGAAGAGAAAAAAUUAUAUUCAAAGAAAACUUUAGAUUUCAGCAAGGCAUCUAUAGAUGCACUGGAAGAAUACGGAGGACUUUCAAUGGCAAAAUUCAGUGAUAUUCAAAGCGAAAGUCAUAACGAGGAGGUGGCGGGAGACAUCCCUUUGGCAAAAUCGCCCUCUGCGUUUAGCACUGAUAGCGCCAAAGGUUCUUCCAUCGCAAACGAAGGUUCUUGGUUGACAGUUGACGUCGGUGACGUAUUUUGGGGCCAGAUAUACAAGUUUUGCUUUUGGCCAUGUAUGGCUUGCUCCGAUCCUGACAGUGAUAGCCUUACGAAGGACGAUGUAAGCAGGUCAGUUACUCUGAUUCAUGUAAGAUUCUUUGCUGAUAAUGGUCGUCGCAACUGGGUAAAACGGGAAAAUCUUAUCCCAUUCGUGAGCCUGGAAAAUUAUAUGGAACACGUGGAGGAUGUCAAAGAGAAAUUUGGAAACAAAGGAAUGCAUUUGAAAGCCUUCUUGCCGACAAAACGAAAAGAAUCUCUCUGGCGUCAGGCAAUAAAUGAAGCAUGCUUAGUCACGGAGUUACCGCAUUCUGACAGACUAAAGAAAUUUCAUGAAAUUUUCGAGGAAUCAAAACUAUUUCAAAAAUUGGAAAAACAAAGGCGGAAAUCAAUGCAUGUGUACAGAGCGGAAUCUACUACGGAUACCGGUAGCCUGUAUGGCUCGAAUGACGCUAUUAACGUUAAUGGUUUUGCUGAAAAUUUCAGCAAUCGACUAUUACAUAAUUUUUCAUCGAUCGCGCAAAAGCGGGACCGUUCAAGUUCUCCAUUGAGUCCAGCAUAUUCUCCGCACAAACCCAAUAAAGUCAAACGGCCAAGGCUUAGCGUUGGCGCGGCAACCAUUGAUGGAGAAUACACAAUUUCAACCCACUAUACGGUAAAUUCUGUUAAGAAUAAUGGUGACGAUCUUUUCAAACUUUAUGGCUGCUUAAGAGAGUUUGUGUUGGAGAACACCAAAGAUGAUGAUGAGGCAUUGGAUAGAAGUGUUUUUGCAGCAGCGCGUAAUAUUUAUGCACUUAGAGAAGUAAACCGUGCGAGGCAUGGGCAUCACUUACUAAACAAUGGCAAUCAAAGUAUUUUGGACUCCACUUUGGCAGAAAGCUUCCGUCAAAGAGAUGACGGCGUAACAAAAAAACGUUUAUCAAAUCGUUUAAAAAAUUUAAUGGUACAAAAAACUCUUUCAAUAGGCCAAAGUCCGGAUUUAUUUGCCAAUGCAUCGCCGGCAUUACAACGUGAUUCUUUUGGAUCACGAAAGGUCGUUAGAAAAACUAUUCAUCGGCCAAUAGAAGAGGUUAUUAAUGAUAUAUUCGACUUGGACAGUAAAUAUUUAUUCAGAGGCCUCUCUCGAGAACCGGUUUGCCGAUAUUGCUUUAAACCGGGCAAAAACCUGAAAAAAUGUUCAAAAGAAUGUCGACAGUGGCUACAUAAGGAGUGUUUGCCUAACGAAAUUCCAGCUAAUGUAUAUAAUCAAAGUAACGAUACUGAAACUGAAGUUCUAAACACAAUAUCAGCAGAAGCGAUAACACAUAAUAACUCCAAUCUAGUAAAAGAAGACUCUAAAAGCGAACUUAUUUGUCAAGAGUGCUCUAACAACGAGCCUUUAAAGUGCCUAAUAUGUAACAGUUCGAAAUCUCAACGAGAUGAUGAUCCUUUAAUCACUUGUUCUAUGCAAAAUUGUGAACGAGCCUUCCAUCCGUCGUGUUGCAAGCAUUGGCCUCAUGCCAAACGUACUUACUCCAAGAAACACAUCGAAUCUUUUCGUUGUCCAUCUCAUGUUUGUCACACGUGUGUGUCAGAUAACCCAAAAGAGAAAUUUCAACAGCUGAGUAAUGCCAAAAUUGUGAAAUGUGUAAAAUGCCCUGCCAGCUAUCACUGCUAUUCAAGUUGCAUACCAGCAGGCAGCCAAAUAUUAAGUGCGGCAUACAUUAUAUGCCCGUCUCACACAAAUUCCAAGUCGGACAUGACCAUUAACGUAAAUUGGUGCUUCAUAUGUGUUGAAGGCGGCCAGUUAGUUUGUUGCGAAACAUGUCCAGUCGCCGUACAUGUUCGAUGCUUAGAAAGACCAAUAGAUAACAACGCGGUGUAUAUUUGUGACGAAUGUGAGUCCGGUCGUAAGCCACUCUAUGGCGAAAUCGUUUGGGCAAAGUUCAAUAAUUUCCGAUGGUGGCCAGCCAUUAUACUACCACCGCCUCAAGUGCCUCAGAAUAUUGCAAAAAUGCCCCAUAGUGAAUCAGAUUUUGUGGUGCGUUUCUUUGGUACUAAUGAUCAUGGUUGGAUAUCCAGACGACGUGUUUACUUAUAUGUUGAAGGCGAUUGUUCUAGGCCACCGAGAACAAAAUCAUCUUUGGAUGCGCGCUAUACUAAGGGGGUGGAAGAAGCCAAACGCAUUUAUGAAAUAAUUAGUAUGAAGAAAUCGCAAUUAAGACUUGUAAAUAAAGAAAAAUUGCAUCCACAACCCUUUGUCCGAAUCAAAACCAAUCGCGCUGUGUCGCCGGUGAAAUUACAAAUAGAUAUUGAAAAAGUCAGCAAGUGUAAUUGCAAGGCAAGCGAUCAGAAUCCAUGCGGUCCUUACUCAAAUUGCUUGAAUCGCGUUUUGUUCAACGAAUGUAAUCCGAAAAUAUGUCCGGCUAAAGAACGUUGUCAAAAUCAAAUGUUCGAGUCUCGCAUAUCACCGCGUUUAGAUGUUGUUCAUAUGAAAGAUCGCGGCUUUGGUUUAGUAUGUCGCGAAUUUAUACCAGCUGGUGCUUUCGUAAUUGAAUACGUGGGCGAAGUUAUCAAUGACGACGAAUUUAAGGCAAGAUUACUACAGAAAACAAAAGAUCGAGAUGAAAAUUUUUAUUUCCUUUCGGUGGAGAAAGAUUAUAUUAUUGAUGCGGAACCGAAGGGCAAUUUAGCCCGAUUCAUGAAUCACUCUUGCGAUCCUAAUUGCGAGACACAGAAAUGGGUCGUGAAUUCUCUGGUUCGUAUCGGUCUAUUCGCUAUUAAAGACAUACAAAAAGAUACAGAGUUAACUUUUAAUUAUCACUGGGAUGACUUAAUGAGUAAUAAGAAGAAAAUUUGCCUUUGCGGCUCGAAAAAUUGUUCUCGCCAAAUUGGCGCUAAACCCAAAGAAAUCGCCGACAUUGAUGUGAUAGAAACAGCAACUAGUAGCGUCCGCGUCAAAAGUAAAGCGAAAGCUAAAGUAAAGGCAGCGCGGAAACUUUCCCGUAAAUCGGCUUCCAGCAAUAACUUGAAAAUGUCUGCUAAGAAUUUGAAAACUGAAUUCGAUAAUGAGAACAACGAUCAAGGCAAACAAACGAUUCCUGCAAACGAGAAAACAUUAUAUUAGUGACACUGUGUAAGCAUUUCCAGAAAAAUGUCAACAUAUCGUAUUCAAUUUAAGACACGGGCGUUUUCUCAUUUUUUUCUUGACUUUUUUUAAAAUUAUCCUUUCGAGAAUAUAUAUUUGAAUGGUUUCUUUUCAAUAAUUUAUAUUCGUUAUCCUGUUUAUAUAGACUAUAUUUUUGAGCUAUGUUAGCAGUUCGAUGUUUACGUUUAAUUAAUGGAUUUUAUGUAUUUAUGAUUUUUUUAAUUUAUUUUUGUCUUUGAUAUAUGUACACACGCUAUAACUCGCUAAUGCGGGGAAAGAUCAAUUAAGUAACUUGAUGUCGAUGAAAAUUGCAUUUUCGCUUCAAGUAACAAUUCAUUGAUAUCAUUGAUUAUUUAAUAUUAGUUUUAACCCUCAUUAUAUAGAUGUGAAUAUGUGAUUCAAAUCAAAUUUAGAGAAAUUUUUGAAAUAACCCAUAAUAAAUUUUUUUUUUAAUAUUUUUAUUAUACUAAAAAUUUAUAUUUUCCGUCAAUUUUCACUGAAUAAUUUUUCCCGUAAAUCGGCUUCAAGCAAUAACUUGAAAAUGUCUGCCAAGAAUUUGAAAACUGAAUUUGAUAAUGAGAACAACGAUCAAGGCAAACAAACGAUUCCUGCAAACGAGAAAACAUUAUAUUAGUGACACUGUGUAAACAUUUCCAGAAAAAUGUCGACAUAUCGUAUUUAAUUUAAGACACGGGCGUUUUCUCAUUUUUUUCUUGACUUUUUUUAAAAUUAUCCUUUCGAGAAUAUAUAUUUGAAUGGUUUCUUUUCAAUAAUUUAUAUUCGUUAUCCUGUUUAUAUAGACUAUAUUUUUGAGCUAUGUGAGCAGUUUUUUAAUUCGAUGUUUACGUUUAACUAAUGGAUUUUGUGUAUUUAUGAUUUUUUUAAUUUAUUUUUGUCUUUGAUAUAUGUACACACGCUAUAACUCGCUAAUGCGGGGAAAGAUCAAUUAAGUAACUUGAUGAAAAUUUCAUUUUCGCUUCAAGUAACAAUUCAUUGAUAUCAUUAUUUAAUAUUAGUUUUAACCCUCAUUAUAUAAAUGUGAAUAUGUGAUUCAAAUCAAAUUUAGAGAAAUUUUUGAAAUAACCCAUAAUAAACUUUUUUUUAAAUAUUUUUAUUAUACUAAAAAUUUAUAUUUUCCGUCAAUUUUCACUGAAUAAUUUUUUAAACUAAAAAUGGUGUUGAUAUGUAGGGGCAACAAUACGCUAUUCGUUGUUUUCUUUUUUUCACUUUCCGACCAUUGAGUUCGUGACGUUAUCGCGUACCUAUUGAAAAGGCAAUAAGGUUUAAGAUGUCAACUCGAAAUAGUUAAAGCAAUUUUGCAAUAGGAUGUGCACACCGACUUUGAACACCAACAUAACUUACUGUUCGUUGCGCGAGCACCCUUCUCUUUGAGUGAAGGCAUCCGGCGUUUACCAUUUCGCAAAACUUAAGUGUUGCUUUUCUUCCCUAUGUCAUCGAAAUUUGUAUAUACAAAAAAAGAAAAUGUAUUAAAAAUAGUCUUUUUUUUUCAUUUUUUUUAAAAUCAUUACGAAAGAUCGCAUAUACCAGAAAACACUUAACGAACAAUUUUUGCUUACGUGUCUUGAUUCUUUCAUCCCAUCAGUUGUUUGUUGUGUCCGCUUAUUUUUUUUCUUUGUAAUUGUUCUGAACAAUUAAAUUGCACAUGUAGUGAUCCCUCCUUCGUCCCGGACAAGCUUCAGCAUUUCUUUGCUGUCCCCUCAAAUCCCGUCGGAUCACAUGGACUUCUUCGUCGGCUUUCAUUGUCCGGCGGUUUUUUGCCUUUGCAGCUUGUUGAACAAUCUUUUGAUUUAUCUUUUUUGACGGUGCAGUCAAUUUUACCCCCACAACCGGACGUUUGCACAACCUCAUUAUUUUCGGACUUUUUCGUUGAUUGGCCGAACAAUGUCUUGUGCAACCAAUCCAUGGAAUUAAUUUUACUCAAGUUACAAGUUUCUCUUCUGAAUCUUUUUUUUUUUUUUUUUUUUCUCUGAUAAAUUUUGUGAGUUUCGUUCUAACUGCCAAAAUUUUUAAAAUUUCGAAAUGGUAAAGAUAAACUUGUGGUAGUCGACUAAAAAGACAAUAAUUCCAAAGUAAAAUAAAAUAUUUUCUAAUUUUCUAGAAAAUUUGUUGCACUUUUU